ACUCGUACACUCCGUUCAGAGAGACACAAUUUCUCACGGAAUUUUUGAAAAUCACGUGAAAAUGUUUUUCACUAUUGGCAUAUACGCCGGAUACUGAACACUUUUCCAACCUGUAUCUUCGGCGCUGAGGAAAAGCGGAAAUUUUGUAGAAAAAAUAAGAAGCCCAAGAAGACGAAGAAGCAAAAGAAGAUUGUGGAUGAGUAUCAAUUACGCAGGGAAUUGAGGGAGUACACAAAGAUGCCAGAGUACGCAGACCUAGUGCAGGAAACUGCGGUAUUCGUGCAGGACAAGCCGCAAUACUCCGAGGAUCUUAGAAUCGGUGGUAUAGAAGGAGGUGGCACACAUUCUACGCUUGUAAUACUCGAUGGAAAAGGUGCGCGUUUAACGGAAAUUAAAGGACCAAAUACUAAUCAUUGGACAAUCGGCAUAGAUGAGACAGCUGCCAGACUCAGUGCGAUGAUCGAGAAGGGUAAACAAGAUUUAGAUAUGCCGAAAUCCGUUCCUUUAGAUUGCGUAGGGCUCAGUUUAAGUGGUUGCGAGGAAGAAACCACUAAUCGUCAGCUCGUAGAAACUUUGCUGCAGAAGUAUCCAAACUCUGCCAAGGAUUACGUAGUCAGCUCGGAUACUCUUGGUAGUCUCCGAACUGGCUUGCAAUCAGGCGGAAUUGUAUUGAUUGCCGGAACUGGUAGCAAUGCUUUGCUCCUCAAUCCCAACGGAGAGACUCACGGAUGCGGAGGAUGGGGACACAUGAUGGGCGAUGAGGGAGGUGCUUACUGGAUCGCCCAUCACGCCUGCAAAUAUGUAUUUGAUGAUAUGGACGGCUUCGUGAAAGCACCAGAACCCAUAAGCUACGUAUGGCCAGCGAUGAGAAGUUACUUCAAUGUGAUUGACAGAAACAGUAUAUUACCGUAUCUCUAUGCAAACUUCGACAAGAGUAUUAUCGCCGGUUUUGCUAAAGAGAUCGCGAUCGGUUGCGAAAAAGGCGAUCCUUUAUGCCUAAAGAUUUUUGAGGAAGCCGGAUGUUUUCUGGCGAAACACGUUAUUGCUCUCUCGAAAAAGGCGCACAACGAUCUUAAGUUGGCUUACGGUGGCUUAAAGGUGAUCUGCGUCGGAUCUGUAUGGGAAUCGUGGAAAUUCAUGAAGAAUGGCUUCGUGAAUGAAAUUCACGAUACGCGUGUCGUAGACGAGUUGAGUCUAUUGCGUUUGUUGACAACGUCGGCAUUGGGUGCCUGCUAUCUGGCUGCGGAGAAAAUCAACGUUCCAUUCGUCAAACCAUACGAAAGCAACGUUGAAAUCUUCUUUCAUUAUAAGCGUGAUAAUUAUUUGGAAACGCGAACGACAGAAUUAAAAAAUCAUACGCUAGUUUCCGAUAACAAUCAUGUUCAUGAAAAUGGAGAGAGUACUUAAUAAAAUAUAAAUAAAUAAAUAAGUAUACUUUA